AUGACUCAUAACUAUCGUGUAUCAUUUAUUUUCUUUGUAUUUUUCAAUGUCGUAUUUUCUGCAAACAUGAUUUGUGAAGUGAGGUAUUAUGUUUCGGAUUCUAGUUGUUUUCUUUGUAACGCUGGAUAUUACUGUCCAGAUGGAAUUAAUAAGUAUCCUUGCCAAAAAGGUUAUUACUCGAACGAUCAAGCCGUAAGCUGUACAAUAUGCCCAGAUGGAAAAUACGCACCAAAUAACAGUUCUUCUAGUUGUAUCACUUGCGAAGCCGGGACGUAUUCUAAUGGGGACGAAAAAGAAGUUUGCACCAAAUGCUCUGCUGGUACUUAUUCGUAUUUGGGGUCAUCCAAAUGUAGUAAUUGUAUUGCUGGAACUUAUUCCUCAUCGGGAUCUUCAAUUUGUACAUCAUGUUUAAAUGGUUCUUAUUCAUUGGAUGGUGCUUCUAAAUGUAUGCCAUGUAUUAAUACCACAUGUGCUACUUGUAAUCCAACAAAUGGGAAGUGUACUUUAUGUUCAGUUGGAAGUGGCUUAAUUUCUGAUGGAAUUUGUAAAAAAUGUGAAGCGGGUUAUCACUCAGCUGGUGGUGCUAUUUCGUGUACAAAAUGUGGUGUUAACCAAUAUUCUUUUAUAGGAAGUGGUUCUUGUACCGAAUGUAAUUCGACUUGCAAAACAUGUAAUAACACAAAUGGAAACUGUCUAAAGUGUUACACAAAUUCUUAUGUUUCAAAUGGUGUUUGUAUGACUUGUCCCGCUGGUCAAUAUUUUAACAUAAAUAAAUGCUUGGAUUGCCAAGAUCAAACUUAUUCUUCAGCGAACAGUUCUACUUGUUUAAAUUGUAUUUCAUGUGUAACAUGUGACAGAACAAACGGGCAUUGCACUUUGUGUGGUAAGGGGCAGUUUAUAAAUAACACCAUUUGCUCCAAUUGUCCUUCUGGUACGAAUGGAGAUGGCACCCAAUGUACCCCUUGCCAAAUCGGAUCAUAUUCAAGUUCUUCUGGAAGUGAUAGUUGUACGCUAUGUAGUGAGAUUUAUUAUUCAGAUAUAAUGUCUUCAACUACAUGUAAAAAAUGCAGCAAUUAUUGCAAUUUAUGUGAAAUAGAAAGUGGAUUAUGUUCUUCGUGUAAAUCUGGUUGUGUAUUAUCAGAAAACCAUUGUUAUCCAUGUAAGGCUGGAACGCUGGCAAUUCAACUAACAAACAAAUGUAAUGUCUGUCCAGCAGGAACUUAUUCAUUUAUGCAAUCAACAACGUGUUCAAUAUGCCAAACAAAUACGUAUUCACAUGGAAAUUCAUCCCAAUGUUUGCAAUGCAGUGAUAAUUGUUCAUCUUGUAAUAACACAAAUGGGAAUUGCAUUACUUGCAUUUCUGGGUUUGGAUUAGACAAGAAGUUUAAUUGUAACAUCUGUCCAACCGGAACUUAUGCAAAUUCAACAAACAAUAAAUGCCAACAAUGUGACAUUAAUACGUACCAAUCAAAACAAGGACAAACAUUUUGCAAUACAUGUGAUAUCAACUGUGAAACGUGUGAUAACAUCAGUGGUAAAUGCCUCAUGUGUUACGCUGGAUAUGGACUUGGUCAUAAUGGAAAUUGUGAAAUUUGUGUUGAUGGAUAUUAUUCACUUGGUGGAACUUUAUCGUGUUUAGCCUGUCCAAGUGAGUGUACAAACUGUUGUAGAGAGAGUGGGGAGUGCACAUCAUGUCAGUCUGGGUUUAAGCAAAUAAUAAACCAAACCACCGGAAAUGAAGAGUGUGUCUCAUGUUCAUUAAAUAAUAAUUGUUCUUCAUGUGAUUUGAAUGUAAAUGAAACUGAGAGAAACUGUAUUGAGUGUGUAAGUGGGUAUUACUUGGAAGAUAACAAGUGCAAAGAGUGUUCACAAAUAACAAAUUGUGUACAGUGCUCAUUUAAAAACAAAGAUUGUUUGGCAUGUUCUAAUGACUUAGUUACAACUGGUGAUGGAUGUAUUUCAUGUGAAGAAGGCAAAGUUAAAGUCACUUCCAAUGUGUGUGUAAGUUGUUUUGAUUUAAUUCAAAAUUGCCAACUAUGUAAAUAUAACAACGGGAUACAAACAUGUUUAAAAUGUUUUGCGCCGUAUGUUAUAAAUGAUAUGACAUCUGAGUGUGUUUUUGCAUAUUCAAACACAACACAUUAUAAUUAUGAAGAAUCGAAAGAAGAUGUCAAUGAUGUUGGCUGUCUGCAUCAAGUAAAUUCUUCGUGUUUUAUGUGUGAUGAAGAUCACAUUUUAGUCAAUAAAGAAUGCAUUGAAAAACAAAAUGAAAUUUGCUUUGAUUAUUCGUUGAAAACAUGCGACAACUGUACCGAGAACAUCAUCACAACAAACGGAAAUUGUUCAAUUGAAAAUACAUGCAAAUACCAACUCAGUCAAUACAACCAGACUAAUUGUUUGAUAUACAAUAAUGACACACAAGUAGGCAUCAAAGUCGACAACUGCAAAUACACUCAAAACGAGUUUUGUUAUAUGGCGGACGACGGAUAUUACACAACAUUAAAAAACAAUGGAUUAACUGCAAAUUGUGACAAUGCAAAGAUCUGUCAAAAUGUUAAUAAUAAUACAGUCGACAUAUCAUGUAAAAGUGACUUUGUAAUAACAUCAAAUUCUUUUUGUUCACAAGACACAAAUUGUGUUAAUUAUAAUGGGAGUGUGUGCACAACAUGUAACUCAAAAUAUCACAUAGAAAAUGGUGGAUGUAUUUGCAUCGUGUGUGAAAACAAAAUGACAGUUGAUAGCAAAUGUAUUUCAACUGAUAUAAUUAAUUGUAAAGAAUUUGUUGGUGGUGUUUGUAAACAAUGCGAAGACGAUUAUUACAAAGACAUGACUGGGUGUUUGCCAAUAAGAGAAAAAUAUUUAGAUUGUGAGCAUGUGAAUGUUGUGUUGUCGUCGUGUUUAGAGUGUAAAAAAUCCUUUGUUCUUGUCGACAAUUCAUGUGUUGAAAACGAUAUAAACAAAAACACAACAAAAACAUUUGAUUUCCAAGCAUCGAGUGAAAUAGCAAACAACUGUGUGCUAAGAAGUUCAAAGGGUUGUUUGCGUUGUUGUGAUGGGUAUUACAUACUUAACUCACUUUGUGUAAAAUGUGAAUACCCGUGUACACAAUGCUCGAAUUUGACAUAUUGCACAAAGUGUGAUUCAUAUUCAUACACCAAGAAUGGCAAAUGUAUUGAAAUAAAUGAGUUAUUAAGUACGUGUGAUGUGAUGAUGUCCACAUACGAAGGGUGUGUUGCUUGCAAAGACGGGUACAUGCGAUCUUCUGAUGGCAAGCAAUGUGUUGUGUGUGACACGUCGUGUGCAACGUGUUCCAAUGAUGGUGAUUGUGUGAUUUGCAGUGAUGGAUAUUACAGAACGCCAAACAACAACACAAAGCUGUGCAACACACAGACAGACUUGAACAACUGUUUGAACAAGACGACGAGUGGGUGUACAUUAUGUGAAGGUGGUUUUGCACUGAAAGACAAUUUGUGUUACAAAUGUGGUAAAAACUGCACUUUAUGUGAUGACACUUAUGAGUGUUCAGAGUGUGCUGCAAACAACAUUUUAAAAGACGGCGUGUGUAUUCACUUCUCACAGAUACCAAAUUGUAUUUCAUCACAAAAUUCCCUUUGUUGGAAGUGUGCAAAUGGCUACAAGUUAAGUGCUGACAAAAUUGAGUGUUUUGUAAACACGAAUUAUGGUGUUGUUAUUGGCUUUCCUAUUGCAUGUGUUGUUGUGUUUGUAAUUGUCAUAAUUGCAAUAGUAACCGUUGUACUCCUAUUGGUCUUUCAAAAGAAAGACAACAAAGACGCCGAAAAUGUAUGUGUUUUCAAUAUGAGUCGCUCCAAUAUUGUGAUGACUAAACUUGAUGGCGAAAUUCUUUCAAACAAACAAGAAAUAUCAUUUGGUGGUGACAACGACAAGAUUCACAUUGAGUAUGAAAGUCGUGAAUUGUUGUGUGUUGGCAACUCGUCAAAAGGAAAUGUGAAAAUCCAAAUCACAACAAAAGACAAAUGCGACAAAUACACAAUUCGCACAGAACCACAAAUAGUGACUUUAAAAAAAGGAUUUGCAUGCGAAUUUGAAGUCUUUUUAACACCACUUUGCACUAUGGAUUUGAGUGACGAAAUUGUUAUUAUCUCACUCAACUUAAACAGUGGAAAACAACAAGCAACAACAAUUCAUAUUAAUGGACAAGUGGAGAACUCAACACAUCUUGACUCAGACGAAUUAAAAGAAGAGAAGAAAAUAGGCGAGGGGUCUUUUGGAAUAGUCUUCAAAGGAAAAUAUCGAGGAAACAUUGUUGCCAUAAAAAAAAUGAAAAUAGGCUCAGGUGAUAAUUCACAAAUAGACGAAUUUAAGAAGGAAGUUGCGAUGUUGGACAAAUUUCGAAGUGAUUAUAUCGUCCACUUCUAUGGAGCUGUGUUUAUACUUAACAAAAUUUGUAUGGUCACUGAAUUUGCACCUUUUGGUUCAUUAAAAGACGUUUUAAAAAGCAAAAGACUACAAGAAAUAGUUAUGAAGUUGCGAGUCAAAUAUUGUAUUGAUGGUGCAAAAGGAAUAUUUUAUUUGCAUGAAAAUGGGAUACUACACAGAGAUAUCAAACCAGAUAAUUAUCUCAUAUUUUCAUUGGAUCCAAAUGAAAAAGUGAAUGCAAAAUUGACUGAUUUUGGAACAAGUCGAAACAUUAAUAUGAUGAUGACUAACAUGACAUUCACGAAAGGUAUUGGAACACCAAAGUACAUGGCGCCUGAAAUUUUGAAUAAAAAACAUUACAAGAAACCAGCUGAUGUUUACUCAUUUGCUGUUUCAAUGUUUGAAAUCAUCACAUGGAAUGAAGUGUUCAAGAAGGAAGAUAGUAGAUUCAAAUAUGCGUGGGAUAUAGCAGACUUUAUUAGUGCAGGUAAUAGGCUUGUUAUUCCAAAAGAAGUUCCUGAUGAAAUGGCCAAAGUGAUUAAAACAAGUUGGGCACAAGAAGAACAUAACAGAAUGAAAAUAGAAGAAAUCAAAGAAUUGAUAGAGCAGUACUAUACUAAAUUAUAA